UACAUGAAGAAGGAGAAACCCAAUAAACACCUUAUUUUCGUGAUUAACAAGGUAGAUCUCGUACCUGUUUGGAUUACGAAACGUUGGAAAACCAUACUCUCUGCAGAGUAUCCAACUCUCGUGUUUUACGCCAACCUGACAAAGCCUCUGGGUAAAACUGCUCUGAUGAGUCUCUUACGCCAACUGGCUGGUCUUCAUGCUAAAGAUCGUCACCAAAUCAGUGUGGGUGUCAUCGGUUAUCCGAAUGUUGGGAAAUCGAGUAUUAUAAAUGCUAUGCGCUCAAAGAAGGUAUGCAAGGUGGCGCCUUUGGCUGGUGAGACCAAGGUGUGGCAAUACGUGACCCUGCUCAAAUCAAUCUAUCUCAUUGAUUGUCCUGGCGUUGUUUACCCUGAAGGAGAUACGGAAGCCGAGAUGGUCAUGAAGGGUGUGGUGCGAGUGGAGUAUUUGCAGCAGCCGGAGAUGUACAUCCCUGAGGUGUUGGAAAGGGUGAAACCGGAUUAUGUGCAGCAGCGGUACGGACUUCCGAUGUUUGAUCCCACCUGCCACCCCCUCUCCGUCGAGUCGAUGGGCCAGCAAAAUAAGGCAGAGCUGGCUGAUACCUCGUCUAUUGAAUACACAUCUGUUGCAAAGUGGCCAGUUGACGCUGAUUUAUUCCUUGAACUCGUCGCCAAAAAGACGGGAAAACUUCUCAAGGGUGGCGAACCGGACAUAAUUACAACAGCAAAACGCGUGCUCAACGACUUUCAGCGAGGGAAACUUCCCUAUUUCGUGAAGCCACCUCCGCUUGAAAACGAUGAUAAUGAUACUUCUUCUGCAAAAGUUAAUCAGGAGGAGGCUAUACCGAGGGAUGACUCACUGGAACAGCUUCUUCUCUUCAGUGUCUUGAAAUUCUUGAUUAAGAGCAACUUAAUCGUCAACGUUGCGUCGGGUCUGUCCCUUGCUUAG